AUGACUACUGCGACGGUCCCUAAAGGACCUGAACCACGACGCCCAAUAGUCCACUUGAAUGGAUUACCAGGUGUUGGAAAGCUCACGAUUGCCCGCUUUCUUCUAAGGUUAUUGCCCUCUGCGAAACUAGACCAUAUCCACCUCCUCAUCAACCCCGCCGAUGCUGUUCUCCACCGCACCCAGCCAGGUUAUCAAGCCCUGCGCCAAGCAAUUCGACAAACUAUAUUUUCCACCCUCUCAAGCGAAGUGGUUACGGCUGUGUGCGCGGAAUAUCUCGCCACAUCAGAAUUGCGACGUGCAGCUUUUAUUCCAAUUAUUCUUUUCUGCGACGAAGAGACCAAUAUGCAGCGCAUAAUUUCGUCAGAUCGAGAGCUUCAUUCAAAGUUGACAGACGUGAAACUUGUCAGGAAGUUCCGCCUCGAGGAGGAUGUCCAUCGCUUCAUCGGCCACCCGAACUAUUUAGAACUCGAUGUGUCUACUCUCACGCCGGAGGAGGCGGCAAGACAGAUAUGUGAACAUUUGAAGCAUGUGUGCCCAUAA